GUCGCAGCGCGCAGGCGCGGUCCCGGAGACAGCGUCAGACUGCGGCGCCCCCGUGACCUGGUCGCGGGACUGAACGACACCGACUCCUCGGCGGCCAUCUCAAGUGUGGGUGCCGGGUGGGGGGCGGCAGCGAGCCUAUUUUAAUAAUGGCAUCACCAGAGAAAAAACAAGAUUAUCCUUUUAUGGAUAUAUUUGAUGAAGAUGAAGCUGAAAAAUCCUUUCUGUUGUCUAAACCUACCUGCUUAAUUAUCCUUGGAAAGCCAGGUACAGGAAAGAAAACAUUAGCUAGAAAAAUAGCUCAGUUAUGGAAGUGCACACUCAUUGAAGCUUUGGAAGUAAUAGAAGAAAAUAUUACUGCAGGAACAGAAUAUGGACUUAAGAUGCAAGAAUUGCUUUAUGGAGGUCAAAAUAUUCCUGAAGAACUGAUUACAAAGAUGAUUCUGAAAAAGAUUGAGUCACCAGAAGUUGCUCACUUUGGUUAUGUUCUCAGUGGAUUUCCUUCUCUCUCAGAGGAAUACAUGACUAUUUCGGAGCAAUUAGAGAAAAUUAGAAAUCUAAAAUUAAAACCAGAUUUCCUGAUUAACAUUAAGUGUCCUGACUAUGAUUUGUGCCAAAGACUCUCUGGACAAAGACAACACCCCGAUACAGGGCAGAUAUACCAAAAGAACCAGUGGGAUCCUGAAAUGAUCGACAAACGCAAGAAAAAAAAGGAUCAGCACAAAGGAGAAGAUGAGGAAGAGGAAGAGGAAGAAGAGCAAGAAGAAGAAGAUGAGGCAGCAGCAGAUGCAGUCAUGUUGUCAGAUAUUUUGCCUCAUUUGGUGCAGAGGCCUGAAGACUUUUUAGAAAAUGCAGAAGCCAGGGUUAAUCUCUAUAAGGACACCAUGCUACAUCCUCUAGAGGACAUGAUGGCUGAGCAAGAUUCCCAGUAUCUUAUUGAACUGAAUGGAAAGAAGCACCCAAAUGAGCUCUUUGCAUCAGUGAUAGCCCGGCUUCAAUCCAUGGGCCUUCGAAAUGGUGCUCUUAUCACCAGACUUCAAAGCCCAGAAGAAGAGCUCUCAGAAGGAAUGGAAACUGAUGAACUUUUUCGGACUCUUUCAUCUUUGAAACUGAUAGCACCUAGAUACCGUUGGUGUAGAAGCAGGUGGGGUCGAGCAUGUCCUGUUGCUUUAAAAGAGGGUAACAUUAUUAUGGGACUUCCAGAGUUAGCUGUCAGUUUCCUAGGUAAAAUGUAUUUGCUUUCAUCUCAAGAAGCAUUGAGAGCAUUUAUGUUGAAUCCCCGUCUGUAUCUGCUACCACCUAUGCCACUUCCUCCUUGUAAAGUACUUGUAUUUGGACCUCCUUUUUCUGGAAAAACAACUCUUUGUAACUUGAUUGCAAACAAAUAUAAUGGAAAGGUUCUUGAUAUGGACAAACUCAUUCAACCGUGUAUGGAAGAAGCAAGGGAAAAAAUCAUUGCACAAGCUCGUAUUGAGGCAGUAGAUGUUGCUAUUACAAACGUGAAAAAUAAGCUGGAAAUAGCAAAAAUGUUAAAAGAGCAAGCUGCACUAGAUGCCCAAGAAAGUGGUAGUUACAAAGAAACAGAUGAAUAUGAAGAAAGUGACACCAUUAAGCCCGAGGAAGAAACAAAUGUGGAAGAUCAGAGUAAAGAUACUAGCAAAGAAAAGACUGACAGUUCUUCAGAACAAGAACGUGACUCAUCAGUGGAUACUAAAGGCACCGAUGAAGAUACUUUCAUGUCCAGAACUGAUGAAGAAGGAACUACAGAAGAACUAAAUGAAGAUACAUCUAUAAACAUAACAGAGUCAGAGAUAACUGCUGAUCACCCAGAAGUACAAGCUUUGGUAGAAGAAGCUGUAAAAGUUGCAGCACAGUCUCCAAUAACGCUACUAGCUGAAGUAUAUGCUGAAGUUUUAGAGAAAGCCAUUAUUGAGAUCACUCAGAAGAACAAAGAUAGGUUUCCUGGAGCUCCAGAAAAAGGAGGAUGGGUACUGGAUAACUAUCCUGUAACAUCAGAACACUGGUUAGUCUUGUCAGAAAAAGGCCUCUUACCUGACACUGUUGUCUGUCUGAAGAAUGAAGAAAAAAAUGGAAUAUUUUUAUUACACAGACUAUAUCUAGAAAAUAAAGAUGAAAUUAAUUCUAAGAUUUUUGAAAGACUUACAGAAGAAGCAUUAAAAAAACAAAAGGAGGAGGAAGAAACAAGAAGAGAACUACAAGAGGUGUUGAAAUUAAAAGAAGAAAAUGAGCAACCUGUGGAGACUGCUGAAGUUAUAUAUGAAAAAGAUGAGGACAUAGAAGAGCACUUUCCACUUGAAAUAGAACCAACUGUUCAGAUGCAAUCCAUUGAUUCUGGUGUUUCCAAAGAGGAACCUAAACUAAAAGAAUCAGGAGACCAACCUCCACUUGAAACAGAAGUAGUACCUCAGGUACAACCUGACCAUACCAAUGGGGUGAUGGAAACUAAACCUGAACCAGUAAUCAUGUUACCUGAGUUUCCAGAAGAUGGUUUCCCAGAUGUGCCAGAAAUAGAGCCACUUAAAGAGAAGAUUAAACUAUUCAUGCACAACUGGCAAGUACUGGAGUCAGGAAUCAGUGAAUCAUCUUUAAUUCAGAUUGCUGUUCUAGAGAUUGAUGGGCAAACUCCAGAAACACUGCUUAAUCAAACUGUUCCGGUUAUGGAAAAACCUUUUAAAUAUUGUGGCUGGGAAAUAUCUGCAGAAGACCUAGAUGAAGAAGCAGAAGAUUUGCAGGCAGAAGGGGAAGCUGAUGUAGAAUUAGAAGAGGAGCAAGAAGAAAAUGAUGAAGAAGAUGAAGAUAAAAUUAAUGAAAAGAAGAGACACAUGGGAGACACCAAACACUUUUGUCCAGUGAGUCUGAAGGAAAACUUUAUCCUUUUCCCAGGAAUAUCUGAACAUGGAGCUAAAUAUCGAGAGAAAUUUUACUACUUUUCAAGUCCUGAAGCUAGAGAUAAGUUUUUGGAGAGCCCAGAGGAGUAUGUGGCUCACAAGGCACCAUUACAAGCUCCUCCAUUAAGAGUAUGCCUGCUGGGUGCACAUGGAGCAGGUAAAACUAUCUGUGGCCGAUGGCUAGCUGACAAAUUAGGAAUUUUCCAUAUUCAGUUUGAAGAACAUCUACAGGAAAUAAUCAUGUCCAAAACUGAAAAGAGAGUUGGACUUGAAUUUGAUGAGGAACCUGAGGAAGACCAGAUUGACAUGGAAGCUCUCUUUCAGGAACUGGGAGACUCCUCUCAGACCAAUACAGAAACAGAAACUGAAAGCGAAAGUGUACAUGAAAAUGAAAGUAACAAAAAUAAAGAGGUGAAGGAAGUGGAGUUAACUGAAGAGGAAGAAAUAAUCAAAGCAAACAUAAUAGAUAAUGAAGCACUAACACCAGAAGUUCUCGAUAACAUUGUUCCUGAGUGGUGGACAAAAGAGCCAAUCCGAUCCACAGGAUUUAUACUGGAUGGUUUCCCUCGUACACUUGAAGAGGCCCAAUUCUUAUCAGAGCGAGGACUCUGUCCUGAUGUAGCAGUUAUUAUCCAAGUGGAGGAAAGUGAUAUUUCUGACCGUCUUCUUCCUCCGCGUUUUAAAAAAUGGAAGGAUAGAAAAAAUAAGAAAAUGGAAAAGAAGAAGAGGCUGAAAGACAUGAAAGAAAAAAUAAAAGAAGAGAAGAUUGCCAAAAGAAGGGCAGAACUUUUAGCCGAACAAGCUAAAAAGAAGGAAGAGGCUGAAGCAUAUAGGGAAGAAGAUGAAGAAUAUGAAGAUGAAGAUGAAGAAGAAGAUAUUGACGCUAUUCUUGAAGAAGAGUUCCCAAAAGAGGAAGAGGUAGAUGAGGAGGAGGAAGAACAAGAGGAUGAUGCUGUCGAACGCAUGAAAAAUGAAAUUGCAGAAAAGUAUGAAGCAGAUAGUAAUAAUUUACAAGGAUUACAGGAAGAAUUUGAAAGACUGCAGCUACCACAAAUCACCAUAAAUGGAGGGCGAAAACCUCACAUUGUACGUUACCAAUUGUAUAGCAAGUUGAAGCAUCUAGUGGAAAAUCGAGAAAGCAUUUUUGAGAAAUGUUACUCAAUAAGUUUACCACUUGCACGCAAGAUGUUGGUUUUAUCUUAUAAACAUCCCAGUUCUUUUGGUCAAUGGGACCCAGUCAAGCUAAGUGAAGGAGAUGUAAUCAAGCCUUUCCAAAACCAAGAGACUCCAAGCUUGCCUGUAAUCCACCGACAAUAUAUUUAUUUCUUUUCAAGUAAAGAAAAUAAAGAAAAAUUUAUGAAAAAUCCCAUCAAAUUUAUCUGUCAACCAAAACCCAAACCAUUUGUGCCAGUUAAGAUAGCAAUUGUGGGACCUCCAAAAUCUGGGAAAACUACAGUUGCUAAGAAGUUUGCAAGUGUCUAUGGGUUAAUGCGCUUGUCUAUGGGAGAUGCUAUACGACUCGUGUUAAACGAUCAGCCAGAGAGUGAGCUGGCACUUAUGUUAAAGUGGCAUCUUCAUAAAGGACUGGCUGCACCUGAUGAACUGGCCGUUCAGGCUCUAGAAGUGGCUCUGAUGGAUCAUGUGUGCAGUACCGCUGGAGUAGUUAUUGAUGGGUAUCCUGUAACAAGAAAACAAGUAAACAUCUUAGAAGCAAUGAGAAUAAUUCCAGUGAAAAUAUUUGAGUUACAAGUGGAUGCAAAGGAGGUUUUUAGAAGAGCACUGAUAGACAAGGAAAGCUCUGACAGUCCUCCUUAUCCAAUACAUGACAGCUCACAGAUUCUAGCUAUUCAGAACUCCUGCUAUAGAAAGCAAAUUGAUGCUAUUAGGACUUACUAUGAAGAGAAACAUCAGAACUGGUGUGUGGUUGAUGCAUUCCACAGCAAGUGGUGGGUCUGGAACAAAAUAUUUGAGGAAGUUCAGGUGAUCGUUAAACAGAUCCAGAUAUAUUUGGAAAGAAUAAGAGAAGGAAAAGCAGCCAGUAUUGCUGAUUUAUGUAUCACACCCCAAGAGCUGCAGUCACGGCUGGGAGAGUUUGGACAAUACUGUCCUGUCAGCCUCGCAGAAAAGAGUGAACUGGUUGAUUGCUCUGUAACCUCAUCAUUGCAGUUUGCAGCAGAGUUUCGAGGACACUAUUACAAAAUGGCUUCGCAGGAGGAAUUGAAUAAAUUCUUGAAUGCACCAGAGUUGUACGUGCCACCAUUGGCACCUCAUCCUCUUCCCCCACGAGAUAUGCUACCAAAGAAACUGACAAUGGCAGAAGUGAAGGCCUUAUUCCCUAAAAAGGCUGAAAUGCAAGGAUACUGUCCAGUCACUUACCUAGAUGGAAAACAAAGAUAUGAAGCGUUGGUACCUGGCACUACUGAGUAUGCUGUGGAAUAUCGAGACAAGCUAUAUAUUUUUGAAAAUGAAGAAAAACUCCAGAAGUUUAUGAGGUUACCAGAGCAAUACUGGAAUCAGAAGCUUCCACAUAAACUCCCUCCAAUAAAGGAACCAUUUCUACUUACUGCUCUUCCUCUGACUGGAUACCUUGAACAGGGGAUAGCAACUGCUCUAAUAAAAGCAAUGAAUGAAGUGGGCUGCUUAAAGCCAAAGUUUCCAUUCCUAAGUGUAAAAAAAACUGCUCUGUUGUUUGUGGCCUAUCAUUUAAAAGCUUAUAACCCCAGGAGCUCAGAAUAUGUACGCAAGAAGUACAAGAGGAAAUUGGAGCAGUUCAUAGAUCACUGUGCUCUCAUCCCUUACUUGGGUACUAAAAUGACCCGUAAAUACAAAGAACCUCAGAAUAGACCUAUUGACUUUGAUCACAAAUUACAGAUGUUUUUUUCUCUUAAAUAUGUGGAUCCAACCUCUGGUUAGUUUGGAAUGUGCAAAAAUGACGUACUUGAGCAUUUUUAUUGAACUAGUGAAUUCUGAUUAGCUUGGUAAAUAUACUUAUUUUGCACUUCAACUGGUUAUAAAGGCAUAUCCAUAAAAGUAAUUUUGUUAACAAAGAAAGUUAUAUUUUUAUGAAUAGAUAAAAGACUCUGAUAAGUAUUUAGGAAUAUACUCUGAUAGGUAUUUAGGCAAAUAUUGUAUGUACUUUAUUAUAAAAAACAAAUAUUUAGUUUAAUAUAGUGAUAUUAUACAAUAUAUUUUAUAAAUGUUUAUAAUCUUGAAAAGUAGGGAAUAUUUUCAUCAAGAAAAUUAUUAACUAUUCUGAAAAAUACCAAAUUUUACAAUUUUGUGAAUAAACAAUAAAUGUACUCUUUUUUACACACAGUGGAACAAGCUUAAAUUUACUUUCAUGCUGUUGUACAGAAAGAGGCAGUUAGCACUUAUGACUAAAUUCAUUAACUUAUUCUAGUUACCCUGGCUGCAUGUAGCCACUAGGGCAGUGGUCUCCAACCUUUUUACACCCAAGAUUACUU